CGGUGCUGGAGUGCGGCGCCGCCGCGGAAGGCUGGGAUUCGAGCCGGCGGGCGAGGGGACAGCGGGGACGGCAGCGGCGUCCGCGGGGCGCAGGGCAGGCGUCUGCAGGGCUGCACCUUCCAAAGGCCAGCUCUUCGCCGAGCACAGAGCUGGGUUCGAGCCGUGGCGAGGCGACAGCACCGCUCACACCAAAGAGAAGGCGACAGCGGCGGCCCCAGCCAUGCUGUGCUAUGUGACGAGGCCGGACGCGGUGCUGAUGGAGGUGGAGGUGGAGGCGAAAGCCAACGGCGAGGACUGCCUCAACCAGGUGUGCAGAAGAUUGGGGAUCAUAGAAGUUGAUUAUUUUGGACUGCAAUUUACUGGUAGCAAAGGUGAAAGUUUAUGGCUAAAUCUGAGAAACCGGAUCUCCCAGCAGAUGGAUGGGCUAGCGCCAUACCGGCUUAAACUGAGGGUCAAGUUCUUCGUGGAGCCUCAUCUCAUCUUACAGGAGCAGACGAGGCACAUUUUCUUCCUGCACAUCAAGGAGUCCCUCCUGGCAGGCCACCUGCAGUGUUCCCCAGAGCAGGCAGUGGAGCUCAGCGCCCUCCUGGCCCAGACCAAGUUCGGGGACUACAAUCAGAACACGGCCAAGUACAACUAUGAGGAGCUGUGUGCGAAGGAGCUCUCUAGCGCUGCCUUGAACAGCAUCGUUGCAAAGCAUAAGGAGUUGGAGGGCACCAGCCAGGCCUCGGCUGAGUACCAAGUUCUGCAGCUCGUGUCGGCAAUGGAGAACUACGGCAUCGAGUGGCACGCCGUGAGGGACAGCGAGGGCCAGAAGCUGCUCAUUGGGGUUGGGCCUGAAGGAAUCUCCAUCUGUAAAGAAGACUUCAGCCCCAUCAAUAGGAUAGCUUACCCUGUGGUACAGAUGGCCACCCAGUCGGGAAAGAAUGUGUACUUGACCGUCACCAAGGAGUCGGGGAACAGCAUCGUGCUAUUGUUUAAAAUGAUCAGCACCCGGGCGGCCAGCGGGCUCUACCGAGCCAUCACCGAAACGCACGCGUUCUACAGGUGUGACACGGUGACCAGCGCUGUCAUGAUGCAGUACAGUCGCGACUUAAAGGGCCACUUGGCUUCCCUCUUUCUGAAUGAAAAUAUCAACCUUGGCAAGAAGUAUGUGUUCGAUAUCAAAAGAACAUCCAAGGAGGUGUAUGACCACGCGAGGAGGGCUCUGUACAAUGCUGGUGUGCUGGACCUCGUCUCAAGGAACGGCCAGAGCCCUCCCGGCUCUCCGCUCAAGUCCUCCGGGAGCGGCAUGAACUGCAGAAGCUGCGAGGGCCUCAGCUGCCAGCAGACCCGGGCGCUGCAGGAGAAGCUACGCAAGCUGAAGGAGGCCAUGCUGUGCAUGGUGUGCUGCGAGGAGGAGAUCAACUCAACCUUCUGCCCCUGUGGCCACACGGUGUGCUGUGAGAGCUGCGCGGCGCAGCUGCAGUCAUGCCCAGUCUGCCGGUCUCGUGUAGAACACGUCCAGCAUGUCUAUCUGCCAACUCACACCAGUCUUCUCAAUCUGACUGUCAUCUAAUCUGUCCCUCGUCGGUGGGACACUCCAUGCUUCCAUGAACUGCACUGUUGUAAACUAUAAGAAUGAUAAUUUUGUGGAGAAAAUAAUUUCACUUCCAACACCCACCUGCCAUGCAACAUUUAAAAUACAAAGAAAAAAAAAAGUAGAAGAAAAACAGGAAUACAGCUUCUCUUCACUGCAGAAUUAUCAUGCAUAGACCCAAGAAGCCCAGUGAGGGGGACAAGGAAGCCCUCUGAGGCACAGACCCAUUCCUUGGACUUUGAUUUUUUUAUGAUCAAAUAAAGGAACAGGUAAAAUAUUUGUCAGUUAAGUGGUAACAUAGCCAAAAAGUGGGUACUUUUUAGGAAAUGGUGUUGUAAGUCUCCAUAGUGUAUCCCGAGGUAAGCUUCCUACCUGCAGCAGAUUUUGUAAGAAGUAAUUUUAGGAAUUUACUUGGUUCUUUUUGUAUGGCUGUGGAGCACCGAACAUUUUUAAUAGGAAACUUUUUCUUAAAUAGUUGUCAUUAUAAUGUCAUUUCUGUUUUUGUAACUUGUUCAAGAAUGCUGGGACCACAAACAUUUUAAAGUGGGUCCUGUGGUGGUGGCACUCGCCUGUAUCCAGCGUUAGAGAGGCUGAGGCAAGAGGAAGGGAGGGUUAAAGGCCAACCUAGACAAUUUAGCAAGAUCUUGUAUCCAAAAAGCAAAGCAAAACAAAACCAAACCUGACUUUUAAAAGGUCGGCUGCAAUGUUGUCAGUCAGAUUUGAACCAGUCUGGCUAGGAGACAGCAGCUAAAAUCCAACAAGAAAGCUUCCUAUUCCUUCUCCCUUUUCCUCUCCUAAGCCCCAUGCUUUUUGAUUAUGAAAAAAAAAAAAAAAAAACUUAAACAUAGUAGUAGACAAGCAUGUCUUGGGCUUUAUUGAGUCUGUGAACUAUUUUAAGACUUAAAAGGGAGAGCAUUUUCCUUGGGAAGGGAAGCCGAGCUUACUGAGGAGGGGCAGAUGCACACCACGGCCGGCUUCACUCCUCGGAGCCCUCAAGCCCAACACCACGUAGGAGCCACGUUGCCAGAAAGAUCAAGCCUUGCGCAGCCUUACAACAGGUUUCUAGGUAUGAUUCCCUCUUUUUGUGUGUAUUUUGAGUUUUUCUUGUUUCUUUGUGUGUGUGUGUGUGUGUGUGUGUGUGUGUGUGUGUAAAUGCUUAAAUCUUUCAGUUGCCCCCUCUGUGUCUUUCAGAGGGGUUUUGGUUCUUUUGUUCCUGUAUCCUUAAACAUAGUUUCCACUCCUCCUUGGGCAUUUUGAAAGCUGGUCCACUAGCGGGUUUUCUAGGACGUCAGGAAACCUGGAUGACCUCAUCGGGUGCAAUACUAGCUCAGUUAAAGCUAGAAACCUACACUGUCACUUUACGGAGAUUUCUGAGUAUCCUUUUCAUAUUGCCUUAACGUAGCAGUAAUGUGUUAUGCAUUUGUUUCUUUGCACAGACAUUUUGUCAGAUCUUAAAACUCUACUUUUUUAUGGCACAUAUUAGCCUAUAAGCCUUUAUUCCAAGAGGUAUUUAUUUUUUCACUUGUAAAAAAAUAAUGUUUCCACAUAAAGAACUCUGUUAUAUCCUAAAGGACUUCUGUCUUUUAUAUUCAGGAUAAUAAAGACUUUAA